GAGGAACAAGAGAUGACCCGGAUGCGGCCGAAGCGCCCUCCGCCGAUGACCAAUAUCUCCACCUCGAAUCCGCUGGCUCCUGGGUCGGUUUCCGCCGCCACCGCCGCUCGAUCCAAGAGCAGCAAACGCUGCUGUUGCAGGAGUGGAGGAGCUUCACUUCUCGUCGCCAUCGUCGCCAUUUCCGCCUUGUUUUUCCUCUGGGUCACAUGGAAGUGGACGCGCACGCCUCCGCCUUCUACUCAGCUCUACACUUUUGAUAUCGUCAAUGAGUUCCCCCACGACCCGGAUGCCUUCACCCAGGGUCUUGUUUAUGGAGGAAAUGAAACAUUGUUUGAAUCCACUGGUCUCUAUUCCAAAUCAUCAGUCAGAGAAGUUCUUCUGCAAACUGGGAAGGUUAUGGUUUCUCAUCAAAUGGAUGCAUCCUUCUUCGGGGAAGGUCUCACUCUUUUUGGCGAAAGGUUGUACCAAGUUACCUGGUUAACAAACACAGGUUUCAUCUAUGAUCGACAUAACAUUAGGGAGAAGGAUAGGUUUACUCAUCCUAUGAGUGAUGGUUGGGGAUUAGCGACUGAUGGCAAGAUCCUUUAUGCAACCGAUGGAACUUCGACUCUAUAUCAUCUUGAUCCCCAGACUUUGAAAGAAAUUAGAAGAGUAACUGUCAAAUAUAAUGAUCAUGAAAUUCCUUUUCUUAAUGAGUUGGAAUAUGUAGAUGGGGAAGUAUGGGCAAAUGUUUGGCAGACAGAUUGCAUAGCUAGAAUAUCACAUGAAGAUGGCAAGGUACUAAGUUGGAUUGCUCUCCAUGAAUUAAGGCAAGGAUUGAUGAGAUCCGGUUACACUCGCAUUGAUGUUCUGAAUGGCAUUGCUUGGGAUGACCAAAAGAAGCGUUUGUUUGUGACAGGUAAGUUAUGGCCGAAGCUUUAUCAGAUCAAGUUUCGCCCAGUUACUGAUCGACUAAAUCGAAGGAUCGAAGACCUUUGCUACCCGUGAAGAUGAACUUAAUAUUUUCAUUCUCCUUCCUUUUCUCUCCCUCUCUUGGCCGAAAUCCCUUGGUGUGGUUGCUAGUACAAUCUUAGGUGGUUUCCGUCUCCACUUGUGAGUUUGUGAGACAAACGAGCGCUUGUUCGUGUGGAUACCGUAGAGGCGUGAACGUGAGAUUGUGCUGUGAUCCGAGCUGUCGGGAGUCUGUGAGCACGC